CAUUAUUUUUCCAGAUCAAAUCUUACUGAGCUGCAUAAUAUACAUGAAACAACAAUUAGAUUUAUAUGGUGACAUGUUUUCAUGCGCUUUUGCAUGUAAAGAACGGUAAAAUUGAUACAUUUUUGUGACACGUUUAUUUAUAUGGAGCAAAUGGGACCGGAGUAAAAGUAAAAUUCCGUUAUCAUAACGUUAUUUCCUUUCUUUGUAAGAAAAAAAUAAUAUGUUGGUUUUUGUUUCUCGUUCAUUCUUAAAUGUAAUUUGUCGAGUUCUUAUUUCUACAAUGUCAGCAAACCUUUUGUUGUCCAAUUUUCUUGUCGUUUUUAUUUCCUUUCCAUUCAGUUUUAACCCAUGCUAUGCGUUGUACAGCACGGGUUCAUUUUGAAACCACACUCCAGUCUGGUAGGUGGCGGUAAAUGCACCUUUAGUUGGUUGCCAUCCGCCAAUAAAAGAAAAAAUAUAUAUAUAAGAAGAAGAAGGUUCAUAUUUUUUUUUGACUGAUCUCGCGAGAGUUGCUUCUAGUAUCCUCUGUAUAGAGAGCAGAGAACAGCUGACCCGUCCAAAACAUUACGCACGCUUUCUGUUUGUAUUGUAUUGUUUUGAUUUUUUAUUUUUUUUUUAUAACACGCUGAGCUGAAGUCAUGGCAGCCAAAAUGGAGCUCGCUCCUCUCAGACCGUGGGGUGACUUCUUUCCCGGAGCGGACAGGUUCUCCAAACCAGAGUUUGGAGAUUUAACCAAGUGGAACGAUAGAAUGAUCAGCAAUUUGAUGUAUUACCAGACUAAUUAUUUCAUCGUAGUCUUGAUUGUCUUUCUCUUUGUGGGGUUCCUGAAUCCCUUUGGCAUGUUUCUGGGUGGUACUGUAGUUUCGUUGGUCUUCGCUGGUUCCGUUUGGGCCGGGGAGAACAAGGCCAUAAUCAAGAACUUCAAGAGGAAGAACCCCACUCUGUUUGUGAUCGGGGUCAUGGCCACCAGCUACUUUCUGCUCUCACUGUGUGGAGGUGUCAUGGUCUUCAUCUUUGGAAUCACUUUUCCUUUACUGCUUAUCUUGAUCCAUGCAUCUCUGAGACUGCGCAACAUUAAAAACAGGCUAGAGAACAAAAUUGAAGGCGUUGGGCUGAAGAAGACCCCGAUGGGCAUGCUGAUGGAUCUUCUUGACCAGCAGGAGGACAAGAUUAACAAGAUUCAAGAUUUCUUUGAAAGUAAAGUGAAGGAGUAAUCUUUAAGCAAGUUGAAUGCCAAAGAAAGCAGGUGUAUAAAGAAGGGUUCAAAUGGUUAGAGCAUUAUCCUGAGAGUCAAUAUUUUCAGUCCUUGCACAUGUAAAAUUACUAAUAUUUACAUUUCCCACUUUUGUUCCAUUUUAGUUUUAGAUCGUAUGAUAGUUCUAAUAACCCUUACAAUAUUAACUGUACAGUUAAAGAUUGCUGUGUCAGCAGAAAGAUGUGAGUCAUAUGACUUAAGUGUUUUUUUUUUUUUAUUGCUAUGUGCAAAAAUCCAAAAUCGCCUCCCAAAUUAUGCGUGA